AUGCUCUUCACAACCAAUAUGCUGGCUCUUGCGCUCACCUCAGCUUCGCUGCUUCUACCUUCGUCUCUUGCUUCCUCAAAAGAUCCACCUUCUCUGUUGGAAUAUCGAUCUUGGCUCCCUGAGAAUACGUGCAUCUGCCCAUACGAUCCCCUUGUCCCAGAAGGUUGGCUCGAAUGUGUUGGUAAAUGUGCAUCACAUGAAAAGCGGGUACAUCUCUCCACUAGAGAUCUAUCUCACCUCACUCGACAAGUCUGUGUCUGUCCUGAGGAUGAACAAAACUGCCCGUGCCCACUCAUCCCUCCUCCCGACUGCUGUACGCCAACAUACAAGCGAAACGAAUUGACCAAUGUCAUGCCGGCUUUACACGCUCGAUCAUGUCCUCCUGAAGGUGAAAUCUGCCAUGUGGUAAAUGGUAAAAUCGAGUGUAUCCCUUGCAUUCAAGAAAGGAUUAUAUGCCCACAAUACAAACGAGCCGAAGCUGAUGAUAGCUCCGCAAUCAUCUGUUUGGCUACCACAGAGGGAAAAAUCAGCUGUCCCUCUUGUCCUCGGCCAUGUCCUCUUUGUCCGCUCGCAGAGUCAAAGAGAGAUACCGAAGCAAUCAGUGCAUUAUGGUGUCCUCCUUGCAACCCUCCUUACCCACCUAAUUGCCCUCAAUGCUGGUACAACGCCUUUGGAACAGUUGUUUGUCCCCUCUGUCCAUGGCCUCCUGUCACCAGCAUCAAACCCCCUAAACCAACCAUUACUUUUUGCCCGUUAAGCAGGAAAUACUGCCUUGCUCAACCCGACGGAACCUAUAAGUGUCCUGGAUGCGGACCUAUCCCGAUCGACGUUGAGGUCACCGAUGUCGCUGGAGUGGAACCUACAGUUGCACCUGCCAAGUAA